GUCAUUUAUUUUAUUUUGUUGCGUUGAUUUUCACAAUUCACAUAUUUCUUAUUGCAUUGCUUUUGUCUUGGGGACAUUAAUUUUUUUAAUGCCUAGCUUGAUAAAUAAUUAAAAUAAAAGAUAUGACGAAUAAUUUGUAAAUAUCUAGUGCUUGAAUUUCAAACGCGGACGACUGCAAAAAAAGCGUAGUUGUGAACGAAAAAAUUAAAAAAAGGGAGUCGGUGAAAAAACCCUUUGCAAAAGUGCGGAAAUCGCUAGUGACGACGUGCAGAAAAGUUACGAAAAGAUAAUAAGAAAUCAUAUAAAUAAGUAGCAGCCAAUAGUAUUUUGUAUACAUUAUUGUAGUGUUUAAAUAAAUAAUAAAUUAAUAGAAAGUGAUUUUACUAUUAAAUAUGUAAUUUAAAAACAUGGUUUCUGCGUAAAACAACAUAAUAUAAGUGGAAAUUCUUUGUGGCAGCAGGGCGGCGACUGCAAGCGCAUCGAGUAUGAGUUCCCGAAUAAAAACGGAUGUAAAGAAACUAUUCGAGUUUUGGUGUGAAGUCGCGCUCGUACAUAAUGGAGAUAAACACAAUACGCCUACGGGCGGCAGUCAGACAUCACCGUCUUGUGUCAUUGUUGAAAGCUUUCCGGAGGGAUAUCGCGAUGAGAAGACAAUGGCCGAUAUACCCGCCUUUGCGUUUCCCUGCAAAAUCGAAAGCGAUUCUGUGCAAUCUUACUCCUUCGUACUCACAACAGACGACUCCAAGUGGCGGUUUGGUUUCUGUCGCCACGAUCCGAAGACGGACACCGCAAUGGUGAUAAUCACAUAUCUGCCGUGGCAUGACACAUUUUUGCGAUUGCUGACGCUGCUGGCCGAGUUGCGGCGCUGUGAUGAGACCACCACAACGAGCAUCAAUAAUGCUAACGAUGACUUUCGCACUUUUCUCGCCGAGGCAUAUAAUCGCGGUGUGCCCGAUCCGGGCGGACACUUGAAAUUAUUCUAUAACAGCGGACAAAAUUAUUUCGUGUUUGAGCGACCGCUGACGUUUCAAUUGCCCAGCAUACCCGAGAAUCACAAUUUAAAUCUGUAUUAUAAUUUUGUGGAUCCAAAGAAUAUGAUUGCUGUAUUCGCAGCAAUGCUGGCUGAGCGUCGCAUCAUUUUCACAUCGCGCCGCCUGGAUCGUUUGUCGUCGUGCAUACAAGCGGCCAAUGCGUUCCUCUAUCCUAUGGUGUGGCAGCAUAUCUUUAUACCAGUGUUGCCGAUGAAAUUAAAAGACUAUUUGAGUGCGCCCAUGCCGUAUCUGAUUGGAGUGCCGCAAACAGUGCUCGAAACGAUGACAACCGAUGAACUUGGCGAGGUUGUGAUACUUAACUGUGAUACGAAAGUGUUUCAAAGCCCCUUCGACGACGUACGCGAAAUGCCAGCGGAUAUUGUGUCACAAAUGAAGAAACAGCUCAGCCAUUCGAGCGAGCAUAUUGGCGAUCGUGUUUCGAAAAUUUUCCUCGGCGUACUUGUGCAACUGAUAAGCGGCUAUCGCGAUGCUGUGGAAUUUCGUGAAACGGGCAAGACCUUUAACCGCGAUAAAUUUAUCGAAUCUCGCCCGAAACACUUGCGUCCGUUUCUAGCGAAAAUGAUGGAGCUGCAAAUAUUUCAGCAAUUCAUUGACGAACGCCUGCAAAUGCUCAACACCGGCUUAGGUUAUUCGGAUGAAUUCGAAUUGGAGACGGCACGUUAUGCCGAGAAAAUGAAGAAAAAACGACAUUAUGAAUUUCUGAACAAUGUCAAGGAAAAGACAAAUCCAGCCGUAAAGUCUGCUGUCAAAUCGGUCAAGGAGGGCUCACGCGGCGUCAAGAGCGCCUACAAAGACUUCAAAUCGAAAUUACGCGACAUUACACCACCGAACAGCUCGCAGACACACUUCCGUUCGCAUCUCACAUCGAAUUCGCAGCACGAUCGCAUUGACGGCAAUAGCAUCGGCGGCGGCAGUAGUAGCGGCAGCGCUUUUGGUGUAGGCUUCGGCUACGGCAAAACCAAAUCCAUUGGUGGGCAUCACUCGGCGCCGAGUUCGCCGAUCUUCAGCAAUAAGCGUACGACUGCCGCCAGUGUGACGGGUGGUAAUCAAGCGACGGCAGCUUCGUUUCAAUACGCCUGUCCGGAGGAUUUGAAUGGGUCCAGCCAGUUUGUGCGACGUGCCCCGCCUCUGGCGAUGUCCAGCUCGAGUGCGCACAUACAGUCGAACGGUUAUGCGAGCGUUACGCAUGGCACUGCUCAUCUUGCUGCUCAUUUGGCUCCGUCUCCUACUAUUAGCCCGGCAAGCUCGCUCUGUUCGUCGGAGAUGAACUUGUCGCAAGAACUGCAAAAUCAUCCGUUGUUCAAACCGCCACUCGUGGAUCGCAGCCUUAAGCCCAGCAUCAGUCUAGACUCAACCACUCACCAAACUCAUCCACAGCAUCACUACAAUCAUCAACACAACCAUCAUUAUCAGCACAGUCAGUUAACGAGCAACAAUCAUCAGCAUGACCACCAGCGAGCGCAAAGUCAACAACAAUAUCAAUACCAUCACAGACUCACAGCCACACGCACUGGUGGUCCACCACCAGCACGCCCACCGCCACCAGCCGCACAUCUGCUGCAAACCUUAAGCGCUGGCCCAACUCUGGGCACAACUGCCAACGCAACGGUAUCGUACUACAAUCAUCCGCAUGUGCGACGCCAACUAACAGCGCUCACAUUACAUCCAUAUGUCGACACGAAACCACCGCCAGUGCCCCAGCCACCAGCAAAAGACGAAGAGAAGGCGCCGUUGCAUGUCGCAGCAGCGGCAAUGCCGCAGACCGCAACGCGCACAUCGACACCCAACAAAAUCGUGACAACCGAUUCCAUAUACGACAAUCCACCAGACAUGCAAUCGCCACCCAUACCACCGCGACGUCAAGGCACCGGCGACAAUGCUGGUUCCGGCGCGGAGAGCGCCUUCAUUGCGACACGCGCGACGUCAGCGCUGGCGCCUUCGAGUGGUGGGGUAAUUACGGGUGGGAGCGGUAGUAAUGCGAUCGCCAUGGCCGCUGCCGCCGUGCACGCGGGCUUACAACGUUUGGAGCACAAUUGCUGGCAAGACUAUACGGACCGCACUUUAUUGCAACACGAUGCGCUGCGUCAUUCGUCAUCAUCGAAUGCCUCCAAUGCUUCGGUGUCAUCGUCAUCGUUCGACUCAAGUGGCGGCUCAUUUGUGUCGGCUGCAUCGUCAUCGUUCUUUCAUCAGGCGCGCUCAUGUGACGAUGAUUCAACGCGUACGACAACAGCGGCGGCGACGACAGCAUCGACUGAGACGACACCAGUGCCGGCGCCACGGCAGAAAAAAGAGUCGCUGCGCUCACUUCAGCCCCAACAUUUGCCAGUGCCCGAAUAUUCACUCAAAUCAGCUGCGGCCUCGUCAACGUCUUCGCAAGAGGACACCAUGAACGAUCUGAUAUCACUAGAUGACAGCAACAACACCAGCUUCGAUUUGGAAGAUUUCGAUCCACUAAAUCAGAAUGCACGCCCGCUGCCGCUGCGCAAUGGCAAUGUAACGGCGAAUAAUGCAAAAACGAAUGGCUUAAAGUCCACCACAUUGCCUGCCAAUACCAACCACAAAACCAACAUCUUGGGCAACACUACCGCUAGCACCGUAAGCAAUCCGUUAUAUUCGUAUCACACGCCGCAGCAUCUACGAUCGCCACACAUGCGCGCACAACCACAAACACGUGCGCUGACCUCGGCUCAAUUGAAGGCGCCCACAAUGAAGCCACCACCUUUGCCUACCAGCAAACCGCCACCAAUGCCAGCACCAGACGAGGACUUCGAGCUGUUGCGCAAGUAUGGUCUGGAUCAGUUCACAUUGACGACCGCGCCACACACACUAACAACAACAGCAACAACUACGGCGGCAAAUGUCAAUAGCAGUAGUGGUGGCGCCAACACGGCUGCCCUCGCCGGCGGUGGCAUGCACAAUUGGACCACAUUCGAUUGAGCGGGGCGGCGGUUGCUGUCGUGUGGCGACGAAGUGGGGAGCUCUUUGUUCGUGGUGUAUGUUAGCAGUUAAAGUAUGUUUCUACUAUAUUUAAUAAUUACUGUAAAUUUAAAUGUAAAAAAAAAAACAAAAACAACAACAAAACUAUGCAUUCGUGUACAUACCAGUUUAUUGCUUUAUAAGAUAUUGAUGUGGGAUCACAUUAGUGUAAUUAUAUAUAUAUAUAUUUAAAUAGUGUAUGUAUGUCUGCAGUUCUGUCGAAAAUGGAAAUGCCAAGCGCAUAAAUAAAAUAUUUUGUAAUAUUAGAGAUGUGCACAUAUGUACAUACAUAAAUUUACAUAUGCAUAAAACGAUAUAUAUUUUGUAAUAACUGUAAAUGUGCGUUUGCAUAAGACAUACAUAUGUAUGCAUGUAUGUAUUUAGAUAUAAAAGCGCUGUGAUGAUUGGCAAAACACAAUAGCAACAACAACAAAAUACAAAAAUAGUAUACAUUUGUACGAGCAAAUGGCGCAGAAUAAAACAUUUUUAAGACUAAUAUUUAUUUUUUAGAAAAAAACAACUAAUAAAUAUGCUUAUUUAAGUUGUAUAUAACGUCGAAUUAUGCAGCAGUAGGCAAGUCGUAUUGUAGAGUCUUCGAAAAUGGAACGAUCUGUAAUUUUAUUUGAACCAGCAUUAAGCUAGGCACAUUUUGUUGUUACAACAACAACAAAAACCCCAAUUGACUACUUUUUCAUGCGAUUUCUUUCGAUUUUGCUAAAAAUUAAUGCGAUAUCUAGCCAUAUGCUUCUUGCAGGAGUAAGAGAAUCAAAUAUAAAUAAUAUACAUAGAGAUAUGUAUGUACAUAUAUGCAUAUCGUCACCUAAAAUGUAAAACAAAAGAAUUGAAAUUUAGUUUUUUAUUGCUUUCGAUUCAAUACAUCUUAUUACAUACAUAUGUAUGUAUAUGUAGCAUAACAUUUUCAGCUUCCGCUGUCAGAUAUAACCACUUUAUAAACAAAACUCAAUAUCUUUUUCAAUAUGAGUGGUUUCUAUUAUGCAAGGCAUACAUGCACCAAUUAUUGUAUCAACUUCAACGAAUUGAACAACUGAUUGCUACGUAUGUAUAUGGGGCAGUUGUAUGAGUUGAAUCAACUGAUUGGAUGAAAAUCAAAAUUUUUUGAUAUUUUGUGAAGUUGCUUGUGUUAGUUGGAUAGUGUUUGGGUUGGUCGUGCGAUUUCAAACGAUUUCGCCAUUUUAUUUCGGCUGUCGAAGAGAGCGCGUCAUAUGUAAUAAGUAAAGCAACAACUUCCGAGCUCAUGUUUAAGCAACGAAGUGAAUAUUCAAAAUGAAGUUGGCCUCAAAAUUGUAUUAAAAGUUGUGUCGUGUGUAGCGACAAGGGCAAUUUCUAGCCCAACUCAAUCAACCAACUAAUUGGUGUGUGUAUGCCUUGCAUAAUAUCGUCUUUCCUACGCCUGUAAACGUGUGAAAAGUGAUGUUACAUUAUUUUGCAUUUUAGGUAACGAUAUAUACUCACAUAAACAGAUAUUACAAGUCGUCCCCAUUUUUUUUUUAUACAUGCUCAUAAUAUCGAAUAAGGCACAGAAUCGUUGAGAAAUAUGUAAAAUCUUGUUGAAAAUCUGUAUAAUAUUCGGUAUCUUAACUUUCAAUUGAUCUGAAAUGCAUGAUUGGCUGACUACUAAACAAUUCAAAAUCCAUUCUUAUUUCUUAACUUCCAACUUAAAUUAUUACGAGUAUUUUUUCGAUUUUUUUUUUGGAAUUUUUUGUUCGCCCUAGCAUCAUCAACCAAUCAACUAUCGUUUAUGUACAUAUAUCACCCCUUAAUUUACUGAAAAACUUCUGGUAAAGCUCCGUUGAUUUCUUUAAGAUCGAAUUGACAAAUGUUUCAAUGUAUUGGAGUUUAAAGAAUUGGCUUAUAAAGUUAUCAACUCCAGCAGUGCCAUCAACACGAAUAGCUUGCAAUGUGUUAUGGCUUUUAGUAUGAUCUUUAUAGGGAUGUAAACAAAUUUAAAGACCUUAGACUUGGCUUAUUCACAUAGAACUUUUGCUUCAAUUUGCUUUAACAGAAAAAUUUGUAUGAGUAUUUUCACAUGGAAGCGAAACGCAGCAAAGCGAAGCAAAAUAUUGUGCAACUCUCAUCCUUUACACUUUGCCAAGCAAUACUCGCCAUUUUUAUUAACGAGUUGCAUGGAAAGCAAAGCCUUCAUUUUAUCAUAUUCUUUGCUUUCUUCGAUGUGUUAAAAUAUAAAUUGUCAAGCAAAACCAUAAGAUUUUUUCUCAAAGUUAUAUAUCAAAUAUAUUUUAAAUUCCACUUCAAGGCUGCUUUAAAUAUGGUUUAACGAGUAAAAAAAUCGAAUCUUUUAUAAAUCAAAUAAAAAAUUAGCUUCGUCCAGUUUCUGUCCAACAAAUGAAAAUUUUUUUUAUAAAAUUAACCUCAAUACAUUUUGUUUUCGACAAAUUAAACAUAAUUUUAUGAUUUAAUAUACAAAUAUGUACAAAGGCUAGAAAAUUUGCUUAAAAAAAAUUCAGAAGUACAUUUUUCUUCAACAUUAACACGUAUGUAUAUUAGAAAUAAUGCAUAUAAAGCAAAUUCGAAGGAAAUCACCCAACUGACUUGCUAACUAAAAUAUAACAAACAAAUGAAAAUACAUAUACAAAAUAUCCAAAUAAACUUCGAAAAUUUAAAAGAAGAACCGCAUGAUUUGCAGUUUCAAAUUAAUCACACGAAAGUCUCCGCAACAAUUUCAAACCUAUAAUCAAUAUCUGUAGUCUGUAUUUAAUUGUAAAUAUAUUAUGUAUGCAUUUACUAAACAACGAGCGAAGCCCAAGCUGUAAUUUGGUGUAAUAUUGCAUUUUGUCUUAAAUUUUAAAAACAAAACAUAAACAUAAAACAAAACAAAAAAUGUGAACGAAACCUUGAAAAGACUAUAAACAAAAGACACAUUGAAAAACGAUUUCAAGAAAACAAAAACAAAAGAAUUAGAAAAUUGUAGUAUUUUUAAAUGCGAAAUACAUACAUACAAAUAUUAUAUAUACCUGAUAUUGAAGCCUAUAAAUGCAAUGUUUGUGCUACAUAAAAAGUGCAAAAAACACCCUUUGUGCAUUGGAGUGGAUAUUUGGGCGUGUAUGUGGAGAGUUUUAGCAGCGCAACAACUACAUAUGUACAUACAAUAUAUGUAAGUAUUGCAGAAAUAUUAUAUAAAAUUAGCUACUCAUAAGCUUUUAAUGGCGCUUAAAGAUUCCAUGUACUCAAUGAAUUUUAAUACUAAGCAGCGUUUGAAUUUAAUUUUAAACAUUAAUAUCACUAAUAAGUUGCAUAAUUUAAAUACAUAUAUGCGUUUUAAGCUGUUUCGUAAUUAUUGUAAAUAUAUUUAAUGUAAAUAAUGUUAACUAAAAUAUUUUCAUUUAAGAUAAAUCAAUAAAACAACAGAUAAUUAGGUA